AUGGGUGUAAGGGAUAUGAUUGCAAGAUUUGAUCAAGGCCCUCCAACCAAGAAAUCUACUUCAGUUGAAGGAUUCGCUCAGGUUGAAGGGCCAAUUGGAACAGAAAGGUUUAAUAGGAAGAUAAGAGACGAUAAUAAUGCCAACAAUAAAUCAACUAUUGAAAAUUUAAAGAAUAAGAGUAUUGUUACAGAUACAAAGAAGCCAAGUCGUCCUUCCAGCUCAUACAGCCCUGAUGACACUAUUAGAGUACCAGUGGAAAAUGAAGAGGCACCUUCAAGUUCUCACUCGCAGCAAAAUGCAGUUGAUAAUAAGAUAGAAAGAACAUCACACAUCGAGGUUCCAAGAGAAAUAAAACCUAAGUCAGAGAUUGAUCACAAGAACUUUGAUCACAAGAGCUUUGAUCACAAGAAAGAGGCAGACUGCCAGGGGAAAUUCGCUUUCCUAGAUAUUAUCAGCCCAAACCCAAACAUAUCCGCCUACGUGACUAAUUCAAAGGCGACAGACAAGUUUAGCAGAAAGCUGUUAAAUAAAAGUACUAGCAAAGCGCCUACUGAUGAUAUGCUUACCAAUAGAGUGUUGGAUAAAAGCAUUAGCAAAGGCGCUACUGAGGAUAUUCUUACCGUUGAAUCCAAGAGUCCUACCUCUUCAAGUUCUCACGACAGAAGUGAUAUGCCAAAAGAGUCAUUAAUGUUACCACUUAUUCUUGAACGGUCUCACUCGCAGGAUGUCGGAGUGGCUGAUGUGGAAAUUAAAGACAACAAUAUUAGGGAGGCGAAGGUCCCCCCAAGAAUUGAAUCAAGUACACCCAAUCAUCAUGAGGUUGGUAAUUUACAAGAAUUGCAACUGUCUCAAGCUCCCGAACUUAUUAAGCACAGAACUGAAAGUCAACAGUUGAGUACUUUAGGCAAUUUAUAUCCCAAAAAACAAAAAAGGAGAUAUUCUAAUCCUUUCCCAGCUAGCUCUAAGGGAGACUCAUUAGUAGAAAACAGUGAAACUAGGAUCCAAAACUUUGAUGUUAAAGGUGAUGAAAAAGCACUUAGAAAUCAAAAUAUUCAUGACACACUAUUGAAAGUAAAGGGAUCGGUUGAUGCUCUUCUUGAAUCUUUCACAACUGGUAACGUUCAGUUUAAUCAAGAGAACGAGCUACUAUUACAUGACGUUGAAAAGGUAUUGGAUUUCCUUCAUAAGAAAAUGUUCUUUGUUAAGGGAAAGGCACCAACUCCUUCCUCUUACUCUCCAGCAAAUCCCCAGAGAAUUCCUCUUAGAAAUCCUCAAAGGCUACCAUCUAGCAUAUAUCUGUAUCUCUCUACUCCACCAACGCCAGAAACGCCUUCAACUUUCAAGGCGAAAGCCAUUUCACUCAAUAAAAUUGAGAAUAGCCAUGUCAUACGUAGCUCAAGCAAGAAAUCAACCCCCAGUCUGAGAUCUGUUGAUUCGCUCCAUUCUAACGGGGCCAAACUUAUAGUCUCAAAUAUUGAGCAAUUGAAAUUAGAUCAUACUAAAGAUCAAGAUACUGAGCUGAGUACUGGGGUGAGUGCAUCACAUAACUUAGAAAACCUGGACAAGCAAACGCGAUACUUUACACCAAGAACUAUAAUGAGGGUCGAGGACACUCUUGAUUUAGAAGACGAUUAUGGUGACACUGUACGCAAGUGUGAGUAUAUUAGCUCAAAUCCCUUAACUCCCAAGAGCAACUUGCCAAUUACAGUGGGCGUUGAAGCUGAGAAUGGAUCAGGUUCAAUAAGAACACCUUCAUUUUUUAAACGUUUAAUACAACGAAAACGGUUUUCAGGAGGUCACGAGAGAGUUUAUAUUUCUCUGCCUGAGAUGCGAAGUGCAUCACCAUUUGAAGAUAGUUUUGGAACACCCCGAACAGCACCUCAGUCACCUAUUGCACCUUUGAUAGAAGGAAGUGAUCUCAUCCUUGAGCCAUUUAUGGAUCGCAAAAGGGCUAUUUCAGAGUGUACUCAAGAUGUGCUUCCAAAUACAAAUAUUGAACAACCAACGAAUUUGGGUGCUACUUCUAAAAAAAUCACAAAUGCCAUUCAUUCGCAACGGUUAAUACAACCGCACACGAAUGAUAAUCUGGAAAAGCAAGUUAGUAUAAUUUCUAAAGAGACACUACGAAGAGACUCACAAUCGACAACAAGCUCGCUACCUGUUUCCUUAUCUAAACAUCAUUAUUGGAAACUAAUUAAGGGAGUUUUACCCGGACACAGACAUCGCAAACCUCACUUUGGAGUUGCUUCAAAAUCUUUCUCCCAAUUAAGUCCCCCUUUAUUGCCUGAUAUUCCAUUGAAUCAGAAUAAGAGUAGUUCGUCUUCUUGUGACACAAUAUUUGGCGAUGUGGUGGAGUUUAUGGAUUACAUCGAUGCAAAGUUUCUGUUGAAUGACUCUCAGAAUUAA